UGCUUACAGCUCUACUGCUCAAACCCUCACAAGCCAAUUUGAUCAACUGCAACCAAAAGCAUCUAAGUGAAGUGGAAUUUUGGCAACCCAACUGCUGCUACCUGCGUUCCUCCAUCUUAGAAAUCAGCUUCAAGUAUUUCGUCACCGCCUCCUACGCAGUCACCAGUACCUUCCAGCUUCAGGCCAAUUACUUCUCUUAGCAGCAAUGGAGUACAACAUGAACGCCUUCGGUAUGUCUUCAGCUUUCGCUGCGCCCGUAGUACCCUUCACCAGCGCAUGGCAGUCGCCCCAAUCCACUCCGUCCAUCCCCUCCUCCAACGACCUUAAGCUCCCCACGUGGCUCAUCGACGAGCCCGAGGCGCCAGCCGUGGAGGGCGAGGGCUCCAUCGCCGAGUGGGUUGCACAGUCGUGCAUCGCCGACGACAACGAUUCCGACUCGAGCGACUCCUCCAGCGACGUUGCCAGCCGCCACUUCUACUCCAGCCCCAAUGGUCACUACGCCGCGCCGCACCACUCCGAGGCUGCGCGUUACCACUCUCGCGCCCUCGGAAUCGCGCACAGCCACUCUAGCGCCAGCAUCGCCAGCCACAGCAACCGCGGGUCCAGCCCCUCGAGUUCGCUCUCCUCCUCGCCGUCCGUGUCGCGCACGUCGAGCCUCUCCUCCCGCCUCUGGUCGCAGUCCUCCUCCUCCUCCUCCACCUCCACCUCGUCCUCCUCCAUCGCGUCGCCCCCCCGCAGCGGAUCCCCCACGUCCGUUCUAGGCCAGAACCCCAACGCGGAGGCGUGGGAUCUACUCUUCGCCGCAGCCGGCAGAAUCCAGGAGCUCGCGCUGGACCCCGAGCCCGCUAAGCCCGCUUGCGCCACGCCUCUGCGCGCUGCCGCCCCGUCGCACGUCCCCGCCGCCCGCCACAUGCACCAGCCGCCCGCAUAUGGCGCCCCGCACAUGAACCACAGCCACGCGGGCAGCCGCUACCAGGGGAACAACCAGCAUGCGGCGCUGCAGCAGGGGAACAACAGGCGCGCGGGACCGCAGCCCCACAGGCGCAACAACCACAACGGCGCGCAGGCCGCCAAGGGCUCCCCCCUCCGCCGCGUGUCGGAAUGCGAGGCGGACUCCCGCAAGGGACAGGCCCCCGGCAACGGCACUGGCGUCUUCCUCCCCCGCGCUGCACCCGCUCCCGCUUCCGCCAAGCCGUCCGCGGAGCCCAGCCACCCCGGGCGCAAAUCCCAGCGCCCCGGCGCAACAGUGUACCUUCCCGCACGCCUCGUGCACGUGUUCGGCCUCGAUGUCGACGAGAAUAACAACGUCCUUCUCAACCGCGCCGCUCCUGGAGGCGCAGCCGCCGCUCCCGGCACCACCGCCGUUAAGCCCGAGUCUGCGGGGCCGAAGCGUGGUGGAGCAGGCGCGGGUGUGCGCGCUGCCCCCGUGAUCAAGCUCGCCCCUGAGGAGAUGCUUGCGGGGAGUGGCAGGAAGGGCGGAAAGGGAGGCAGGUCCCGGGCCCGCGCUGCCGCUGCUGCUGGUGUCGCUGCGCCCGCUGUUAACCUUCCCAGCGAUUGGACCUAUUAGGUUACGACCUGUGAACGGCUGUGGUGGGGGUGGGUUGGAGAAUAAGAGCUGAGCAGCGAAGGGGACAAGGCAACCUUCGCUUACGGGUUUGAAUAAUCUCUUUUGGAGUUCACAUUUUUCAGGUCUCUUUCUAAUGUAGUAUAGCAUUCCUCUAGACGCUGCUCCACUCGAGCAGCAGUAGCAAGUUUCUAAAGAGGCCUGUCUUUGUACAGAUACAUGACAAUAUUACUCACGCCCA